GUAUUGGUCUUUUAUUGUGAAAGGAGCAAGACCCGGAAGUGGCUAUGCAGACGAGCACAGGUAACGUGAAGGUUAGCGAUGGACCAGUCUAACAAAACAACGUGGAGGCCACCCCGAGUAUGUGAUAACUACUGGAGUGAAUUCAAACACUGCAAAAGCUUGUCCAAUCGUUUCCAUCACUACUACACCUAUGGCACUACCCCGUCAUGCCAGCAAUGGAAGGAGGACUACUACAAUUGUAGGGAGUGGGAGAAACACAAAGGCACCGAGGCAAAGGAGGAACUGCAGAAAAGUGAAAGAAACAGAGUAGCAGAGCAGAGCAAGUUCACCCCAGUAUGGAAACUGAGGCAAGAUCCACCCAGAGAUUGGCACCUACCCCUGAACCAGGACAAGCCCCAGGACUCAUGAACAUAAUGUGCACUUCUGCCAAAUGAAAGGGCAAUGAACAUAGUAUUUCACUUGGACAUAUAUGCUGGACCAUCUUCCAUCCAGCCCCAACAAUCAGCUUGUGUAAAAACACUUGCAGCUGUUUGUGGCAGCAUCUGGUGGUGAAUGAUAUGACUGCAACUAUUUAACCAGAGAAAUAAAACAAGACUUCUGCAAACAAG